CCCAAAACUCUUUUCUCUUCUUCUUCUUCUUCUUCUUCUUCUCCUUUAGUUUCUCCGGUUCUCCACUCUCCAUCACUAACCGCCAUUUCGCGCCAUUUCUGAUGACGGUUCUUAGGUCGCGGGAGAUUGCCCCGCCCAAAACGACGCCGCAGGGCCCCAAAACGCGGCCCAAAUCAGACCCAUCCACGCCAGCCGAAACCCCCGAGUCCGUUACUACUACUACUACUACCCCUCCGCCUCUUAAUUCCACCCCUUCCUCCCAAUCCCAAUCCCAAAACCCUAAUUCCAAUCCCAAUCCGAAGGCCACCGAUUCGGGCUCUGCCACCGGAUUAUUGCGGCGGCGCAGUCUCCGUCUCGCUUCGAAAACUCCCGAGGGUUCCGCCAAGAGGAAUACCCAAAUUGACGAAGUGGGUUUUGAUUUGUUUGGAGAGAGGGUUACGGUCAUGGGAGUUGAGAAACGGGCUGAGGAGUUGAAAUUGGGUUCUGGGUUAGACCCGGUGACCCGAUUGAGUGGGAAAGGUUCGGGCUUUGGAGAGGAGGAGAAGGUUGGAGUUGAUGAGGGUUUGACUGAAUUAGGGCUUAGUUCUGAUUUGGGAGUUUUGGGGGGUAAUAGUGAGGAGAAGAAGAAGAGGAAGUUGGACAUUGAUAUCAAUUUACCGGCUUGGGAAUGUGAAGAGGAAGAUGGAGGAAGUAAACCUUUUUUGAGCUUGCGAUCGGGGAAGAGAGUUGCUAAGCCAGGAGUGGAUGGUGUUGGUAAUGGGGAAUGGGUAAUUGAUUUGAGUGCUGAUAAGAGUGGUGGUGUGAAGAGCAAAGGUGAAUGUGGAAGAGGAGAGAGAGGGAAGGGGAAGUUGGGUGAGAAUAGUAUUUAUGUGGUGGUAUUGGAUUCGGAUGAGGAAGUUGAGAGGUCCGGUGAGAAUGUGUUUCAGAGUGAUCUUCCGAGUGGGGGGAGUUCUACAGGGAAGAGGAAGUUGAGUGAUGCAAUUGAAAUUGUUGUUGAAGAUUCGGAGGAUGAAAUGAGUUCCGGUGAGAAUGGUGUAAAUGAGGGCAGAAGGAAGUACAGCAGACAAGAAAAAGGGAAGGAGAAGUUGGUUGGAGGAGCUUUGUUAUCGAAUGAUGAUGACAAAGUGGAAUUGGGUUUGGGAUUAGAAGUGUUGAGUUCAUUGCACAAUGUGGUUCCUAGUCCUACUCAGAUAAGGGAGAAUGAAGCAUUGCAAGAUGAAAUGCAGGCUAGGAACAGUAAUAGAAGAGAGAAUGGAAGAGACAGGAAUCAAUACAUGGAACGGUUUCGGGACAUAGCCAGGCAAAAUGCUUCUCGUUUUGCUCGUUUUGAUCCUCGAGAGGAAGAGGAGAAUGAUAUGCCUCCUCAGGUUGAUGUGGAACAAGAUGUCGAAGAUUGGCCUGGUCCCUUUUCUACUGCUAUGAGGAUUAUGAGAGAUGGAGCAGAAAAGAAUAUGCAAGAGCAGAGGGCCUAUACAGGCAAGACAAAACCUGCAUUGGUGAACUGGGUUCCCAAGUGUCAGGAACAGGAUCGUGCAAUAUCAAAGAAUUUGAUCCCCUCAUUGCAAGAGUUGUGUUUGUCUGUUCUUGCUAUGAAUGCCGAUGCAAUAGUUUCACUUGAGAGUGUACCAGAUGCUUUGAGGCACCAACUCAGUCAUCUGCUCUGUGAUUCUAGAAGAAUGAAUACUCAUUUUUUCGAACUUCUUGUUCAAGGAUCACCAACAGAGGUUCGCUUAAGGGAUUGCUCAUGGUUGACAGAGGAAGAGUUCACAAAAUCUUUUCAGCAGUGCGACAUUAGCAACUUAACAGUACUACAGCUUGACCAAUGUGGCCGCUGUCUGCCAGAUUAUAUAUUGAAUUCUACCUUAGCUCGGUCAUCCAAUUGCUUGCCUGUUUUAACUUCUUUGUCCCUCAGUGGUGCAUGUCGUCUUUCGGAUGUUGGGUUAGGUGCACUUGUUUCUUCUGCCCCUGCACUAAGAUCUCUGAAUCUCAGCCAGUGCUCGCUUCUCACUUCCUCAAGUAUCGACACUUUAGCUAAUUCAUUGGGAUCAGUGCUGAGGGAACUAUAUUUAAAUGAUUGCCAAAGCAUUAAUGCUAUGCUGAUAUUACCAGCCUUAGAGAAGUUUGAGCAUUUGGAGGUGUUGUGGCUGCCCGGCAUUGAAAAUGUUUGUGAUGAUUUUAUUAAGAAGUUUAUUACUGCUCGUGGCCAUAAUUUGAAGGAGCUUAUUUUGACUAAUUGCAUAAAUUUAACAGAUUCUUCUGUGAAAGUCAUAGCUGAAACUUGUUCUGGGUUAUGUGCGCUUGACCUAGUUGACUUGCAUAAGCUGACAGAUUCUAGUUUAGGAUAUCUUGCAAAUGGUUGCCGAGCAAUUCAAACAUUAAAAUUUCGUCAAAAUUCAUUCAGUGAUGAAGCUAUUGCUGCAUUCCUGGAAACUUCUGGAGAGUGUUUGAAAGAACUUUCACUAAAUAAUAUUAAGAAGGUUGGCGAUAACACAGCCAUAUCACUUGCCAGACAUUCAAGAAGCUUACAUAGUCUGGAUCUAUCUUGGUGCCGGAAUUUGACAGAUGAGGCCCUGGGUUUGAUUGUGGAUAGCUGCCUAUCUCUGAAGAUGUUAAAACUUUUUGGAUGCACUCAGAUUACCGAUUUGUUUCUGUGUGGCCACUCAAAUCCUGAGGUGAAAAUCAUUGGCGUGAAAAUGACUCCAAUAUUGAAAGAUGUUAAGGUGCCUGAUCCUGCAGCAGGUCCAUUACAUUAUUCAUCUAUCUCUUCAACCUAAUUUCAGUUUGGAUCAUCAUCAUUUGGAAGCUGAAUCAAGUGCAGUCGUUGUUCACAUACUUGACUUAGUCUUGUCUUGUAAAAUCAACAGCUUUUGUAAAGUGAACACAGUGCUUUUUGUUCAUGUAUAAUCGAGAAUAGGUGGAAAGGUCAGGAUUUUUGUAAGCAUUUCAUAUCAGCCAUGUGGAAUUCUUUCUUUUUGCACUUUUAUUUGAGGAAUGUGAUGACCUAUUUCUAGUUGAA